AUGACUACAGCUGAAAAAGCGCCUGCCGGCGUGAACAUCGACAACUACGCCGAAAACGUCCUCGAGGUCGAGAACCUGAAGGUCUAUUACGACACGGAUGCCGGCCAGGUCAAGGCGGUUGAUGACGUCUCAUUCACCUUGAAGCGCGGUGAGCGGAUGGGUUUGGUAGGUGAGUCUGGUUCCGGCAAAACGACGAUGGCCAUGGCCUUGAUGCGGCUCCACAAGCCACCGGCAAUAAUCGCCGGCGGAACAGUAAGGCUUGACGGCGUCAGCAUCUUGGAGUUGAGCGACGAGGAGAUGCGGCAAACCCGGUUGAGAGAUAUCGCGCUGGUGCCUCAAGGCGCCAUGAACUCGCUCAACCCGGUAUACCGAGUGCGUGACCAGAUCGUCGACGGCAUCAAGCAUCACACGUCAAAAGGAGAGAUGCUCAACAAAGGUGCGGUCCGCGAACGAGUCGUUGAGUUGCUGAAUAGCGUUGGUUUGGACGCAUCCGUCGCGGAUAUGUACCCGCACGAACUUAGCGGAGGGAUGAAACAGCGUGUCGCUCUGGCCAUCGCCACGUCGUUACGGCCGAAGAUGAUAUUGGCCGACGAACCGACCAGCGCGUUAGACGUGGUCGUUCAACGCCAGAUCAUGCUCACGCUGGAUCAGCUGCAGCAAGAAAUGGAAGCCUCUGUGCUUUUGGUCGGUCACGACAUGGGAUUGAUGGCGCAGUUCGCCGAUGUCCUUGGCGUCAUGUAUGCGGGCCACCUCGUUGAAUUUGCGCCGAUCGCAGAGAUUUUCCAAGAUCCGAAGCACCCGUACACGAAGAAACUGAUCAGCAGUCUGCCCGACAUUCAGGUUGCAGAUUCCACCCGCGAUGCCCCAUAUUACAACAACGACGAGGACUUCAGAGGCGAGUUUACGGAAGUCAGAGGCCGUUUAAACACCGACUUGUGCACCGCGGUAGACCCGCCCUUGAACGAGAUUGAGCCGCGCCGGUGGGUGGCUUGCCACAUGUACGAAGGGGGCGUUUAG